CAAGAUGUCUUCCCACCGCCGCGGCUCCAUUGUUGCAGCUUGCGGGACGCUGCUGUGCGCGUGGGUCGCCGCCGGCGCUGCCCUGGUGUCGCAGAACGGGACGACGUUCAACGACGUCUGCAAGAGAACCACGACGUGCGAGGCGCUGAAGUACAACACAUGCCUGGGCUCGCCGUUACCUUACACGCACACGUCCCUCGUCCUGGCCGAGGACUCCGCCAGCCAGGAGGAGGCUUUCGAGAAGCUGACCAUGUGGUCCGGUUUGCGAAAUGCCCCUGGCUGUUGGUCGGUCAUCCAGCCCCUGCUUUGCGCCGUCUACAUGCCCAAGUGUGAGAAUGGGCGAGUGGAGCUGCCCAGUCAGAGCCUGUGUAUGUCCACACGCCGGCCCUGCAGCAUCGUGGAGCAGGAGAGAGGCUGGCCCAGCUUCCUCCGCUGUGAGAACAUGGACAACUUCCCUAUGGGCUGCGCGAACGAGGUGCAGAAGUUGAAGUUCAACACGUCUGGCCAGUGUGAAGCUCCUCUGGUGAAGACGGACAUCCAGUCCAGCUGGUACAAGGACGUGGAGGGCUGCGGCAUCCAGUGUGACAACCCGCUCUUCACCGAGGAGGAGCACGCUGACAUGCAUGCAUACAUCGCCUACUUCGGCUCCAUCACCCUCCUCUGCACAUUCUUCACUCUGGCCACGUUUCUUGCCGACUGGAAGAACUCGAACCGCUACCCGGCUGUCAUUCUUUUCUACAUCAAUGCCUGUUUCUUCGUGGGCAGUAUUGGCUGGCUGGCUCAGUUUCUGGAUGGAGCGCGACAGGAGAUCGUGUGCAAGAGUGACAACACCAUGCGCCUCGGAGAGCCCUCGUCUUCAGAGACACUGUCCUGUGUUACCAUCUUUAUUAUUGUUUAUUACUCCCUGAUGUCUGGCGUGAUCUGGUUUGUCAUGCUCACCUACGCCUGGCACACAUCCUUCAAGGCCCUGGGUACCACCCAUCAGCCCCUGUCUGGACGAACGUCUUACUUCCACAUGGUCACCUGGUCAAUCCCCUUCGUCCUCACCGUGGCCAUUCUGGCGAUUGCUGAGGUGGAUGGCGACUCGGUGAGCGGCAUCUGUUUUGUGGGCUACAAAAACUAUCACUACCGAGCCGGGUUUGUGCUGGCACCUAUUGGCGUGGUGCUUGUUGUGGGUGGCUACUUUCUCAUUCGAGGGGUCAUGACGCUGUUCUCCAUCAAGAGCAACCACCCAGGACUUCUGAGCGAGAAGGCAGCCAGCAAAAUCAACGAGACGAUGCUGAGACUCGGUAUAUUUGGAUUCCUAGCAUUUGGCUUUGUCUUUAUUACCUUUGGCUGCCACUUCUAUGAUUUCUUCAACCAGGCGGAGUGGGAGAGGAGCUUCAGAGAAUAUGUACUGUGUGAGGCCAACGUGACAAUCGCUUCUCAGACCAACAAGCCGAUCCCAGAAUGCACCAUUAAGAACCGCCCCAGCCUCAUGGUGGAGAAGAUAAACCUCUUCUCCAUGUUUGGGACCGGUAUUGCCAUGAGCACCUGGGUCUGGACCAAAGCCACCAUCCUCAUCUGGAAACGCACCUGGUGCAAGAUUAUUGGCCGUAGUGAUGAUGAACCCAAAAGGAUCAAGAAGAGUAAAAUGAUUGCCAAGGCCUUCUCAAAGCGCAAGGAGCUCCACCAGGACCCAGAGAAGGAGCUGUCCUUCAGCAUGCACACUGUUUCUCACGACGGACCAGUGGCUGGAAUCAAUUUUGACCUGAAUGAGGCGUCCAACGACAUGUCAUCAGCCUGGGCACAGCAUGUGACCAAGAUGGUGGCCAGGCGAGGAGCCAUCUUGCCUCAGGAUAUCUCUGUUACCCCCACGGGUACCCCAGUGCCGCCCCCAGAGGAGAGAAAUAAGCUGUGGAUGGUGGAGGCUGAGAUCUCACCUGAGAUGAUCAAGAGGAAGAAGAAGAAGAAGAGGAGGAAAAAGGAGUUGCGAACCAUGGAGGAGGCGGCAGCAGAUCAUAAGGGCUACGGCCGCCGUGAAUUUGGCCCAAGCUCUGUCCCUCGCCUGCCCAAACUGCCCGGCCACACCAGCCUGGUUGCCAACUUGAGGGAAAAGCAGCGGAAUCAGCUGGAGCUGGAGGAAGAUAUCCUACCGGGGGCAUAUCCAGAUUUCCGCCCCUCACAUCCACUGCCCUAUGAGGAGAGUUACCCCGGCAUGGUCUCCUACCCACCUUAUCAGAGCAGCCGGAGUGACCGAAGCCUACUCUUCAACCUCCCGACCUCCAGCGACCGCCCUGAGGAUCUGGGCCUGGGCCCUCGAUGUCAACCUUCAUUUUCCUCCUGGCAAGCUAGUGGAUCCUUCCACUACCCCGGGGCGGUGAAUCCCGCCACCGGGGCAUCCGAGAGGUCCUCCCGUGUAGCUCGGAUACCAGCUGGCCGGAGGGCAGCAUUUGGACCCAUCCACUCCCGGACCAAUCUAAUGGAGGCAGAGCUAAUGGAUGCUGACUCAGACUUCUGAGAGCACAUCUGGAUAACAUUGUGGGUGUUGCUUUGUGGUACACAGACAGUAAGCUAAGAAAAAGUGCUGGAUACUUUGACUUACGAUGGUGCACCCGCUCGAAGAGCCCAGUGGUCAAGAUGGAUCAAAGCUGGUCAGGAUAUACAUAUAUUUUUUUUAUAUAACAAAGGGAAGUGCAAAAAGAAAAUAUCGUCAAUAAAUGUUGUAAAUAGGGGAAUGGAAAAAAAUAUUUUUUAUAGUUUGUUUUUCAACAAAAUGUCAGAGACGACCCCAUGAUGACAGAACAAAUGAGGCAGCUAAAGUCGUCAUGGCUUGAAACGAUUAUUCACCACAUCGCAACCCCAUGUUUAAUAUGAUAUGCAGCUUAUUUCAUCUCUGCUUGGCUCUCCACAACAUUGAUCCCUGUAAGACUGCUCUGGUCAACUGAGGUUGGAUGGCUAUUUUAGUCGCAUGGGUGUCAAACAAGGUUACUCAUCAGUCAAGGAUUGUUUGCUUAAUGCUGCUAUGAGGAGUAUGGGAUUUUUUGUUGAUUUUGUGCAUUCCUGUGGACAAAAGCAAUAGUGUUUCCCACAGGAAUGGCUUGAUUUCACAUUAACAUUGUCACUUGUUGCAAAAUUCACCUUCUGAUAGUUUUGAGCAUUUGUUUUGAAGAGAAGAAUGACGGGCGUUGUGGCGUUUUGGAGAAAGCUUCAAGGUAUACGGCACUGAGGUAAUACACCAAUCAGCCAAAACAUUAAAACCACUGACAGGUGAACUGAAUAACAUUGAU